GGAUGAGGCGUUUUCAUAUCUCUUGAACUCUUCGCGCUCUCUUAUAUCCAGCAGUAGCUCAACACACUCAACUGGCCCUCGACUACGAAAAUAUUGAAAAACUAAACAAGUCAAACAACGUCACUUUCUGAAAUUGGCAUUAAUCCUUGCAUAAUAGAGGGCUCUGACAGGCGACACCUUCGUCUUCUCGAGCAUCAACCAUCAUCUCUUCGACUAUCUCGCGGAAGAGAUUCUCUAGAAAUCCUUUUAACAGCUGGUGCUUUUGAAUAUUGCUGGAUUCCUUGGUUGCAUUGCACCGCACCCCUUUUCUUGCAAGUCCUUCGUCCCCAGCAAGCGGUAAGAUGGACGUCGACUUGUACAUCUACGACCUCUCAAAGGGUCUUGCGCGAAUGGUAUGUUUUGUCUUCUUUGUGUGAUGGCAACCUUUCUGGAAUCCCGUACUAAACGGUGACCCAGUAUUCCGAGUCCUUGACCGGGAUCAGGAUUGAUGCAAUUUACCACACCUCCAUCGUUCUCAAUGGAGUUGAAUAUUACUUUGGACAGGGCAUCCAGAUGGCUGUCCCGGGAAGCACGCAUCACGGCCAGCCCAUGGAGGUUGUGCGUCUGGGCCGGACGGAGCUUCCGUUAGAGGUCGUGGAGGAGUAUAUCGCCUCGCUAGGCGAGGUUUAUACCCCGGAGGUAUGGAGUAUUCAUGAUGUGUAUGUGCUUUUGUUUUUGCUUAUGCCAACUCCGCUGUAGUCGUACGAUCUCUUCUUGCACAACUGCAACAAUUUCACGCAAGAUCUUGCUGUCUUCCUGGUCGGGAAGAGCAUCCCUGAACAUAUCCGCAACUUGCCCCAGACUUUCCUCGGCACUCCACUGGGCCAGAUGUUGAGGCCGCAGAUUGAGGCGGCCCUGAGAGGUGUUGCUCAAGGUCCCCGUGCUGCAGCUGCACCGAGUGCAGCUACUAGAGAGUCCCCUGCCGCAGUACCUACAACGGCAGCACCGGCAACGACGAGCAAAGUCUCCGUCCAGAUUGCCACUAAUCUAAGCCAGCUCGAGUCUCAGCUUGCAUCCGCCUCCAAGUCCUGCGCAGUCGUAUUCUUCACCUCCUCAACAUGUCCCCCCUGCAAGAUGGUAUACCCUACAUACGACCAGCUGGCCGAGGAAGCAGGCGACAAGGGCGUCCUGAUCAAAUGCGACGUCAACGCCGCCUACGAUGUGAGCAUGAAAUACAACGUGCGCGCUACACCAACCUUCAUGACCUUCCUCAAGGGCGAGAAACUCGACGAAUGGUCUGGCGCCAACCCAGCCCAGCUACAGGGAAACGUCCGUCUCCUGCUACAAAUGGCACACCCACCGCAUCCACAUAGCAAGCUCCGACUCCCCAGCUUCCAACGGCACAUAUCGAAAUACAUCACGUACAAGAACAUCCCUCCGCUGGAUAAACUCGUGCAGAAACUGGGGUCUUCCGGCUCGGAUCCCCGCCUCACCCCUAUCAUCGACUUUAUCAAAAAAACCCGCACAACGACCACCGACCGUCCCGCAGAUACACCGUUACCCUCCUCCCUGGCCCUCUUUGCCAUCUAUGUCCGCGAGACCUUCCCUUGCCUUGCAAGUGACACGCAGUUCGCCCUCGUCGACCUCGUCCGCGUCCUCUUCCUCGACCCCCGCGUGAGCGGCUACUUCGCCGAGUCGGAGAUGCGGUCGCAGCACCAGACCAUCCUCACCCUCCUCUCCCGCUCAGACACGGAUGAAGAACUAGCGACGUGUCCGUAUAACCUGCGCAUCGUCAUGUUGCAUCUCACCUGUAACCUCUUCACAUCCCCUCUGUACGCGGAACAGGUCAUUGCGAACGACUCACUACGAACGACGUGCGUGCAUCUUCUUACCUCGUCACUGCUGGAUGCGGAACAUGCUAGUCUGCGCGUUGUGGCUGCUUCGCUUGCGUACAAUCUGGCGGUUUAUAAUCAUAAUAUCCGAUGUAAAUCGGAAUUCGCAGGAGAAAGCAGUGGUCGUAGCAACAGUGGUGGUGGCAGUGAUGACCCGCUCCCCGAAGACGCACAAGUGGAACUCACGGCGUCGCUGAUCGAGGCUAUCUCGCGCGAAGAGACGAGCGGGGAGGCGCUGCGCGGACUUGUCUUUGCGCUGGGCUUGCUGGUGUACGGGGCUCCGGUGGAGGGGGCGGUGGUGGAUCUGUGUCGGGCGAUGGAUGCGUGGGGGAUUGUGAAGGAGAAGAAGGGGGUGGAUGGGACAAGUCGGGAGUUGCUUCGGGAGGUGAAGGAGUUGCUUUCGGGCUGACAUUACUGUACAUUACUGCAUGAUAAUCACAUUGAUACUAUAUGAUACGAUAUGAUAAGAUGAUCUAGAAGGAUUCGAUGAUU